UUCUCUCUCGGCACACUGUAGCGUGUUGGCUAUCAUGCACCUUGGCUGGAAAUGGGUGGGAGUGGACAACCGCGUAAGACUGCGACAAAGGUACUUUUCUCGGAGCUCAGAGAUGAAAGGAUUGUGGGCACAAGUAACCCAAAAUCACCUCAGAUAGCAGUGAAUCGAGACAAGGGAAAGAGUGUAACUCCUCCAAGUCGAAUUGAGGAGCUGCAACCCUAUUCAAUUGGGGCUGGAACUACGAAGAGGAACCAAAGCCUAGUUACAGAGGAGCUCGAUUUGACGAAGAAUAAAGCAGAUUUAGUUGCGAACCAUAGUAACAACAAGCAAAAUUAACCUAGCAGUAAUUCAGCUGUAGUAAAGAAGGGAAACAUGGUAACAAGUGAUGCCAAUACUAAUAGGCCACAGGAAUCGCUGCAACAAGUGAAUCAAAACACAAUUGUAAAUGAGAGCAAGCAUGAGCCUAAUCCUAAGAAGAUUGAGACCCAGAUGGAGGUACCGGCUAAGAACGACAUAAAAUGGGAAAACCUAUUCAUUGGGAUCAGAUGAGCAGCAUGGGGCAUGAGUCUCUCGUACAUUGCCCCGAUGAUCAAGGAGGGUGAGAAAAUUGCCCAAUUGCACCAGACAGAAUUGGACAAGGGAACUGAAAAAUGGAAGAAAGCUAUUAUUUUGUAUGUAGUGGGUGCUGCCCCUUCCAUUGGCGCCAUGGAACGAUUCAUAGGUACUCAAUGGAAUUUCACUCCUAAGCCUAAAAUCUAUUUACAUAAUGGUGGAUAUUUUGUUGUAAGGUUCAAUAGUAUAGGAGAUAGAGAUGAAGUUCUAUUUUGAGGCCCCCACACAAUCAGCAAUAAACCAAUAAUUAUCAAGGCAUGGGAAACAUAUUUUAAUUUCAAUGAGGAAGUGCUGAAAAUGAUACCAUUAUGGGUGAAAUUUCCAAACCUUCCUCUGAAUUGUUGGGAAAUGGAGAUACUCAGCAGGAUCGGUAGUGUGCUCGGGAACCCAAUAUAUUCGGAUGAAUGUACGACAAGGGUGGAUAAAAUCUCAUUUGCUAGAGUCCUAAAUGAAAUGGAUAUAACAGUACCCUUGCCUCUAGUAAUAAAAGUGCAAGAUACAGCAAUGAGGAAUUUUGAACAAGAGGUUUGGUAUGACUGGGUGCCGGAGUACUGUGAAGAAUGCCUACAACUUGGACAUGAUUAUGCACUAAGAUAUGAGAAAACUGUUCAUGAGCCUAAGGCCAAGCAGAAAACACAAAAAGUACCUGAGCCAGAGGAUAAGCAGCACGCACAACAUGUGAAAAAGAUUCCAAAUAAAUAUCCGGUGAUGGAAUGGAAGGCAAAGCCAGACAAUGCACUUAUUAUACUAGAGGAUAAAGGGGAAAAACAGCAGGACGGUGUAAAAAAAAGGAGAUUCAAUUUCUACGAGCUCAGUGCAAACAUCACAACUACAAGGGGAUACAUGGCAUAAGGUGAAAGAGAGGCCAAGGAGGUGACAGUGAGUGAAAUGGGUAGUUGGCAAGUGCAAAAGGGAAUUCCAUUAACUAUAUUGUCUACUCAAUGAAGUUCAUUACUUGGAAUGUAAGGGGGCUGAAUAAAGUGUAUAAACAAAAAGAACUUAAGUCCUUUAUUAUAGAAAAUAAAGUUAGUAUCAUAGCUAUUCUGGAGAACAGGGUAAAUGAAACAAAGCAAGUGGUAUAAUUGGGAAAAUUGCAAGAGGGUGGGACUGCGAAGCCAAUUAUAAGUAUAGCAGUAGGGGUAGGAUCUGGGUCCUAUGGGAUGCAAAUAAAGUAGAAUAUGAGCUGAUUUGCAUGACAAAUCAAACAAUACACGGAUCGGUGAAAAGUUCAUCUAUGCCUGUAGAAUUUUUCUUUACUGCUACCUAUGGUUUACAUACUGUAGAGGAUAGGAGAAGCUUAUGGACACACCUUAGAGACUUAAGGAAUGGAAUGCAAAGGCGAUGGCUCAUUAUGGGAGAUUUCAACAUAGUUCUAAAUCCCGAAGACAGAAUUACUGGUAAUCCAGUGCUAGAAUCAGAAACUACUUAUUUUAAUGAUUUCAUUGUGGAUUCAGGAAUGUGUGAGCUAAGAACAAUUGGCCGAGACUUCACUUGGACAAACAGUCAUAUCUUCGGCAGAAUAGAUAGAGCUCUAGUUAAUACAGAAUGGAUGACUAGUCUACCUCAAGUAGAUGUAGAGAUUAUGGUUACUAAAUUUUCUGACUAUUCACCUCUUUGUAUCAACGUUACUGAAACUCUAAGUAGCAGACCUAGGCCAUUCAAAUUCCUGAACCAUUUGGCAGAACAUCGAUAUUCUUUAACUAAUGUUGAGAGAGGAUGGAGACAAACUGUGGCUGCAACCUAUAUGAAGAGGGUGUGGUUGAAGUUGAAGAAGGUCAAGGAAGAAAUGAAGGCAUUGAACUCUGAGGAAUUCUCCAAAGUUAAAGGCAGGAUCCUGGAUGCUAGAACAAAGUUGGCAGAGCUACAAGAACAUAUGAGGGAUCAUACACAUGAUGUCAGCCUAUUUGAAACAGAAAGGAAUUUGAAGAAGGAGAUAGAGAAAUGGUCAAUGGUUGAGGAAAGCAUUUAUAGACAAAAAUUUAGAAUUCAGUGGCUGCAGAUAGGAGAGUCAAAUACAACAUUUUUCUUUGCAAAUAUGAAGAAUAGAACUGCUCACAACCAUAUUAACAAACUGCAAACGUCGACUGGGAAUUGGAUCCAAACCGAAGCUGAGAUUACUUAGGAGAUUGUAGGGUUUUAUAGAAGGCUAUUAGGAACGGCAUCCCGCAGUUGCCUGCAGUUAAUCCUAGAUUAUUUGAAAAGUGGCAUUUGCUUAAUAGAAGCCAAAGGUUACAAUUGAUAGCACAUGUAACACGUGCGGAUGUCAAAUUAGCUUUACAGGGAAUUGAUGAUAUGAAAGCACCAGGUGGAGACAGAUUUAAUGCUUAUUUCUUCAAAAGAGCAUGGCCACUGGUAGGUGAGGAAAUUUCCGCUAUUGUACUACAUGUUUUUGAUUCUAAUACAAUAUAUAAACCAAUUAAUAGUACUUCAGUAACCUUUAUCACUAAAGUGAAGAACCCCUUAUUAGUUAAAGAGUUUAGACCUAUACCAUGUUAUACUGUAUUGUACAAACUGAUUUCCAAGAUCUUAACUACAAGGUUACAAGCUGUGAUGGAUAUUCUGAUAGAUGCUAGCCAAUCUGCUUUUGUUCCUAAGAGAGUUAUUAGCGACAACAUAAUCCUUAGCCAUGAGUUGGUCAAAGAGUCUGGAAGGAAAGUGAUAUCUCCUAGAUGUAUCAUAAAAUUAGACAUGUAAAAGACAUAUGAUUCACUAGAAUGGCCAUUUAUUGAGCAGGUGUUGACAUAUAUGAACUUCCCAGUCAAGUUCAUACAGUGGAUCAUGGAGUGCAUAAAGUCUGUUUCCUAUUCUAUUGGUAUUAAUGUGUGGUCUACUCCAUUUGCAACUAAGAGAUGAUUGAGGCAGGGGGAUCAUAUGUCCAUGUUCCUGUUUGUACUUGCUAUGGAGUAUUUCUCCAGAAUGAUGAAAAGGCUAAACGAUCAACCAGACUUUAAUUACCACCCAAUAUGCUCUAAAUUACAUUUGGUCCAACUGAGGUUUGGAGAUGAUUUAUUGUUGUUUUGUAGGGGCGAUGUGAUUUCUAUCUAACUGCUCUAUGAUUGCUUUCAAGAGAUCUCUAGAGCUUCAAGCCUAGUAGCAAAGAAAGAAAAAAAGCUCUAUCUACUUUGGAGGGGUAAGUAUGGACAUACAGAUAACUAUAAUAUGCUCAAAUCCUCUAAAGGUGAAGUGCCAUUUAGAUAUUUAGAAGUACCUCUAAGCACUAAAAGAUUAUCAGUCAUCCAAUGUCAACCUCUACUUGAAAAGAUGCUGGGAAGGAUUACAAGUUGGACUACUAAGUUUUUAUCUUAUGCCGGAAGGGUCCAAUUGAUCAAGAAUGUACUAUUUUCCAUCCAAAGUUUUUAGUCACAAAAUUUUGUAUUUCCUACCAAAGUGAUCAAACUAAUAGAAGCAACUUGUAGGAAGUUCCUAUGGACUGGGGGUGUGGAGCUAACAAAGAAAUCCUUACUUGCUUGGGAUGAAAUAUGCUAUCCAAAAGUAGCCGGUUGCUUAAAUAUGUUGGAUGUUACUAUAUGGAAUAAAGCAGCUAUAAGUAAACUGCUAUGGAAUCUAUGUUGCAAAAAAGACAAAAUGUGGGUGAGAUGGGUACAUAGUUAUUAUAUCAAAAGGAAUCAGAUUUGGCAAUCCAUACCUAAGCAGGCAUCGUAGGUGGUACAGAAGAUAAUAAAAAUGAAGACUUAUGUUCAGCAAGUUGGUGUGAGAGGGAGUGACUUAAGGAACAUGACAUCCUUCUCAAUUAAGAAGAUGUACGCACUGAUGAGAGGUGAUUUCCCAAAAGUGCAAUGGAAGAAGCUAGUUUGUAAUAACUUCGGAUCUCUUAAAUGGAUAUUCAUCCUGAGAUUGGCAGCUCAUGGUAGAUUGGCAACAAGAGAUAGGUUGAUGGAUUGAGGGAUAAUUGGUAAUCAGGAAUGUUCGCCAUGUGCUUCCCAGCCAGAAA